AUGGCAGCGGGCGAGCGGGCGGCGGAGCCCCCGGCGGAGCUCAGCCACUACGUGGUGGCGCGGCCCAUCUUCAGCGAGGCCGGCUUCCAGGAGCAGCACGAGCGGCGCCCGCCGCUGCCCCCCGCGCUCCGCCAGCGCGCGCAGGCGGCCUGCAGCUGCUCGAGAAAAAAGGCCUUGCGGGUUGCCAAGUCCCUCCUGCCCAUCCUGCAGUGGCUCCCGAACUACCGGCUGAAGGAAUGGCUGGUCAGCGAUGUCAUCUCCGGGGUCAGCACGGGGCUCGUGGCCACUCUGCAAGGUUUGGCAUACGCUCUGCUGGUUGCAGUUCCUGUUGGAUAUGGUCUCUAUUCUGCCUUUUUUCCUAUCCUGACAUACUUUUUCCUGGGAACAUCAAGGCACAUCUCAGUUGGUCCAUUUCCUGUAGUCAGUUUGAUGGUGGGAUCUGUCGUACUGAGCAUGGCCCCUGAUGAUAAUUUUCUUAUAGAUGGCAGUAAUGCUACGGGGGCUAACAGUACUGGGCCACUGAUAGACACUGAAUCCAGAGAUGCUCACAGAGUGCUGAUAGCCAGUACCCUCACGUUCCUGGUUGGAAUUUUACAGGUAGUAUUUGGAGUCCUUCAGAUUGGUUUCAUUGUGCGGUACCUUGCAGAUCCACUAGUUGGGGGAUUCACAACUGCAGCUGCUUUUCAAGUGUUUGUGUCACAACUGAAAAUAGUCCUAAAUGUUUCAACUAAAAACUAUAACGGUGUCCUUUCCAUAAUAUAUACUCUUGUUGAAAUAUUCGAAAGAAUUGGUACCACCAACCUUGCAGAUCUUAUUGCUGGACUCCUCACCAUCUUUGUCUGCAUGGCAGUUAAAGAGAUAAAUGAUCGGUUCAAACACAAGAUCCCUGUACCUAUACCAAUAGAAGUUAUUGUGACAAUAGUGGCCACUGGCAUUUCGUACGCUGCCGACUUGGAAAAAAAAUACAACGCCGGCAUUGUUAAGAGCAUUCCUCGAGGAUUUUUGCCUCCCGAACCUCCAGCUGUCGGCAUGUUUUCCCAGAUGAUAGCAGCCUCAUUUUCCAUAGCUAUCGUUGCUUACGCUAUUGCAGUCUCUGUGGGGAAAGUAUACGCAACCAAAUAUGACUAUGCUAUUGAUGGAAACCAGGAGUUUAUUGCCUUUGGGAUCAGCAACAUUUUUUCAGGAGCCUUCUCUUGUUUUGUUGCAACUACUGCUCUUUCACGGACUGCAGUCCAAGAAAGUACUGGUGGAAAGACUCAGGUGGCUGGUAUCAUCUCGGCUGGGAUUGUUCUGAUUGCCAUUGUAGCCCUGGGGAAACUGCUAGAGCCCUUGCAAAAGUCUGUGUUAGCAGCUGUAGUUAUAGCCAACUUGAAAGGGAUGUUCAUGCAAGUGCUUGAUGUUCCUCGUCUAUGGAGACAGAAUAAAGUGGAUGCUAUGAUCUGGGUUUUUACAUGUGUAGCAUCCAUCAUUUUGGGACUUGAUUUGGGGUUACUUGCUGGCCUUUUGUUUGGAUUGCUGACAGUCGUGCUCAGAGUUCAGUUUCCCUCAUGGGGUGGCUUUGGGAACAUUCCUGGCACAGAUAUCUACAAGAAGGUCAAGGAAUACAAAAAUGUUAUAGAACCAGAAGGAGUGAAAAUUCUCAGAUUUUCAAGUCCAAUUUUUUAUGCUAACAUUGACGGACUGAAAAGCAGCCUCAAGUCCACAGUGGGAUUUGAUGCAGUUAAGGUUUAUAAUAAGAGACUUAAAGCACUGAGAAAGAUACAAAAGCUAAUUAAGAAGGGGAAAUUAAAAGCUACUAAGAAUGGCAUCAUCAGUGAGCCUGGUAUUAAUAAUGAAGCUUUUGAGCCUGAUGACGAACCUGAAGACAAUGAAGAUCUUCAAGUUCCCACCAAAGAAGUAGAGAUCCAGGUGGACUGGAAUUCAGAACUCCCAGUCAAAGUAAAUGUCCCCAAGGUGCCCAUCCACAGUCUCAUUUUUGAUUUUGGAGCGGUGUCCUUCUUGGAUAUUGUAGCUGUGAGAUCAAUAAGAAUGAUAAUUAGAGAGUUUGAAAGAAUUGAUGUAAGAGUAUACUUUGCUUCAUAUCAAGAUAACCUUAUUUCACAACUGGAACAGAACGCCUUCUUUGAUGAUAUUGUCAGAAAAGACAUGUUCUUCUUGACUGUCCAUGAUGCUGUGCUCUACAUAAGGAAUCAAAUGACAUACAGUGUCAAUCAGGAUCCUAUAUUUGAGAAGAUUUCACUCAUGCAGGAGUCUAAAGAACCAAUAGAAUUCACAGAAACAAGCCGGCCUGAUGAUGAACUUGAUGUUCAGGAAGAGGCUAUGCGCAGGCUUGCUUCAUGA